UCCUACGCUCGAUAUCCUAGUACUAACCGCAGAACCUUCGACACACAAGUGCGAUCCACGCUCGCUCUCACUUUCACCGCCGCCACCACCCCAAAUGCUCGCUCGAAACACCUGAAACCGACUCCCCGUCACCUGGAAGCCCAGCUAAACUCAACGCCGCAACCAUGCCAGGCAAGAAAGUCAAGAGCAAGAAUGCGGCCAACGCUCUCGUAUACGACAUUUUCCUCUGGGUCUUCACCGUCGUUGUCGAUCUCUUCUUCCGAGAGAUCCACCCUCGCAGUUCAUGGAGAAUUCCCAAAAAAGGACCCGUGAUCUUCGUGGCGGCGCCGCACGCCAAUCAAUUUAUCGAUCCUCUCAUAUUGAUGCGCGUGGUGCGUCAAGAUGCGCAUCGACGGAUCGCGUUCUUGAUAGCGGAAAAGAGCAUGCGAAGGAAGUUCAUCGGGUGGGGAGCUUCGUUGGUGGGAUCCGUGCCCGUGGGAAGAGCGUUGGAUUUGAAGAAACCGGCCAAGGGCAAGAUCUGGCUACCAAAACCUGAGGAGGAUCCAACAUUGAUCAAGGGUUCAGGUGUGGACUUCCAGAGUGGAGAGUACAUGCCCGGAGGAUUACUGGUCUUGCCCAGUGUGAACAACGUUGCUGCGAAUGCGGAGAUCGCUUCGAUCGAGUCCGCAGAUGAGCUCAGACUGAAGAAGCCAUUCAAAGGAGAUACGGCGCUCAAGCAACUGACUGGGAAAGUAUCGGACAAGGACACGGAAUUCAAGGACUUUGAGGGCAUCAAAUUCAGUGUCGCACCCCACGUCGACCAGGCAGAUGUAUACGACUCUGUCUUUGAAAGGCUACACAGUGGAGGAUGUAUAGGAAUAUUUCCUGAAGGCGGAAGCCAUGACCGGACGGAAUUGUUACCUUUGAAGGCUGGACUGGCCAUCAUGGCACUUGGAGCGCUCGCCGAGGACCCUGACUGCGGUGUCACAAUCGUUCCCGUCGGAAUGAACUAUUUCCAUGCUCACAAGUUCCGCUCACGAGCUGUGAUUGAGUUCGGCGCACCCAUCGAAAUCGAGCCAGAUUUGGUCGAACAAUACAAAAAUGGCAGCAAAAGAGACGCGGUGGGCAAAGUCCUGUCGAACGUCUACGAUGCUCUGUCCACCGUCACUGUGCAAGCUCCGGAUUAUGACACUCUGAUGUUGAUCCAAGCUGUCAGAAGACUAUACAAUCCCAAAGGAAAGAAGCUGCCCUUACCAUUCAUCGUCGAGCUUAAUCGGAGACUGAUCAAAGGCUAUCAAACGUACAAGGACGAACCAAGAGUUGUUCAACUCCGCAAGGAAGUUCUUGACUACAAUAGGGCCUUGUUCAGGUUGAACAUUAGAGAUCACCAGGUUUCUUACGCCAAGUUCUCCUGGUACAAAGUCAUCUUCAUCUUAUUCUACCGACUGGCAAAGCUAUUGAUCUUGACCGCGGCGUCACUUCCGGGUGUUGUACUGUUUGCACCUGUCUUCAUCCUUGGCAAGCUUAUCUCAAUCAGAAAAGCAAAAGAAGCAUUGGCUGCAUCCACAGUCAAAGUCAAGGCUCGAGACGUCAUGGCGACAUGGAAGAUUCUGGUCUCUCUGGCUCUGGCUCCCGCUCUGGACAUCUUCUAUACCAUCGUCAUUGUCUACUGGACAUGGAGCAACAGAAUACGAGGUCUCGUGCCAGACUUUGUCCCUCUCUGGUCGGUCGUCAUCUUCGGCGUGAUCUUCUUUCCAUCCGUCUGCUUCGCCGCUCUCCGGUUUGGUGAGAUCGGCAUGGACAUUGCGAAGUCCCUCCGACCGCUCGUCCUCUCCAUCAACCCCACCUCAAGCAAUACCCUCGUCCGCCUACGCGCCAAACGCGAGGAACUCACUCAAAAGAUCAACGACAUAAUCAACGUGCUCGGACCAGAGUUGUUUCCUGACUUCGACCACCAACGCAUCCUCACCGAUCCCGAACAUCCUCUCCACUCACCCGACCGCUCCCGACCUGGUACACCGUCCCAUCGCCGUGAAGGCAGCGAAAGCGACGGCUUCAAAUUCACACCCAGCAGCCCUAUCUCCCCUCUCGCCGCCGGCAACAACAGCGCCGCAGCCCUUACCGCUUCCCUCCCUCGCAACGAAAGUUUCCACAACAUCGGCCGCAUUGGUCUCUUCGCCACCCGACCUGGGACUCCCAAUCGCAGUCGCAGUCGAAGCCGCGCGAGUAGCAACGACUACAAGCAGCGACCCAAUCUCAAACUCACGUCCAUUGACAACUCGAAUGGUGGCGCAAAAGCGAACUUGGAGGAGGUCAGCAAGAAUUUGCACGAGGCGAUGAGAGAGCGUGGACGGAGGAGGAAGAGUAAAGACGGUGCCGGAUUCCACCUUGAAGGAGACAGUGCAGGGGAGAGCGAAGAGGAUGAUGGAGUAGAGGUGAAGAAAGUGGUCUGAUGGGAUGCAUC